AGUCCAAAUCAAACUAAGAAAAUCCUCUCCCCCACUUUUAGGGUUUUUCGAAAAGAGAUACUUCUCAGUUUCACACUAUUAUUUCUUCUCUUCUCCGUCUUCGCUUCUCUUCAACAGGGACGACACCCUUCUCCUGGUUUUCUUUUGGAUCUACUGUGAGAUUCAGCUAAUGCCUAAGAAGAGACCAUCCAAAACGCCUUCAAAAAAGGCAGAAAAGGAACAGGUAGAAGAACCUGUUCUGGAACAGAAGAAACCGUUUUCAACUCCUAAGAAGGCUGGUAAUGAGAUUGAUGAGAUAUUUGCUGGUAAAAAGAGGAAGAAACCUGAACAAAAGAAGGCUGAUAAGCCCAAUGGUGAUGAAAUUUCGAAACCCAAACCACUGAAGAAGAAGAAGAGUAAAAAGAGUGAAGAAAUCAAAGAGGAAGGAUCGAAGGAACCUUCUUCUCGGCCUCGCAAGAGAACUGCAGAUGGGUUUGCUGUUUACACCGAAGAAGAAUUGGGUAUUAAUAAAUCGGAUGCCGGAAGUACACCGCUUUGUCCAUUUGAUUGUGAUUGUUGUUUUUGAUAGCGUUGGUUGUUUCAUUUUGCCAGUUUUGACAUAUCAGUUUGCAGAAAUUGAAAUAGGUUCUACGCUCUUCUGCUGCUUGUACACAAGGAAUGAAUUUCACAUGAAAUGCAAUUUUGAUAUUCUUGCAGAGAA